UUGCAGACGAUUAAUACACUUGUUAGUAUAACAACGGUCGCUAGACUGUAAAAGUAAUAAAAACAUCACAACUAAAUAUCACAUAUCUUUCAUUGAGGGGAACAAUGAAUUCAGGAAUUAUUCUGUUAUUUUUACAAUUUUGUUCGAUGACAGACGGACAUAUUAUAAUAUAUGGUACAGGUGGAGAUUCUCAACGCCCAGUCGUAAAAUGGGAUGGUGAAAGUGGAAAUUUAGAACUAGAGAUUGAAGAUGUUAAAGAGGACGUGGUCUCUAUCAACAAACAGAUUGGUCUCUUGAAAAACCGUGUCGAUAAUUUAGAGAUUCGAAAAGGUCAUUUAGCAUCGUCAAGAACACCAUGCCUUGAUGGCUGGAUGGCGUAUGGAGGGUCUUGCUACUAUUUUGGUUCAAACGAAGUCAACUAUGCUCGUGCUGAUCAAUAUUGCAAAUCUCUUCGGGCACAUUUGGUCCAUGUCGAUAGUCACAAUGAAAAUAUAUUUCUAAAGAAAUUCAUGCAGAACCAUAGUUAUUCCCGUAGACAUUACUGGAUAGGCAUGACAGACAUUGAGACAGAAAACGUAUGGAUGUUACCUGGGGAAAACAAAACCACUUCGUUUUUCGACUGGGCAAAUAGCCGAGAACCAAGCGGUACAAGGACAGAAAAUUGUGCCAGAUUUGCGCAAGAACACAAUUACAAAUGGGGAGAUAUUUCAUGCACAUCAACAGCUCGUCCUGUCUGUGAAGAAAAUUGGAAAGGAGAAUAAAUAUGAUAAAAUAUCACAUUUUAUAUGUUGCAAAUCCAAUCUUUGAAAAAGUACACUGAUAACUCAUGAAUAGCUGUCUUAACUCACGUACUUUGUCAUUUUACCUACAAAAAAGAUAAUUUCAAACAAAUAUUCAUAUCAUCUUCAGAUUCAAUUUUGUUGUCACGUUUAGUUUUCUUUUGUUUGUCACUUUGUCUAGUUUAAUUGUAAGCACUUGUUCAUCUGGCUGCUUUUGAAGUUUGAUUUAUGCUUUUAAUAAUUCCAGUUAUAGAGACAAAUGAAUUAGAAAUAAAACAGGAAUUUUCAUGUUACUAUAAAUAGAAUCACUGAGGUAGGUUCAAAAAGCGUAAGUCUACGAAAGACCAUCGAUUAUAACAUAAGGCACUCGCAAAAGCCUGACAUACUGUACAUUGGAUUGGAUCGUGUUGGUCCUACUGUGCCAAAAGAGCUUACUUUGUCAGUGUAGAUACAAUAGAAAACAUCCCAACAAACACACACGCCAUCAAUCGGAGCACGUCGGAUUUUAUUCUUAAUACCCUUAAGAUAGAUUGAAAGUAGUUCUACCACAUGGUUUUAAAUGUAAAUAAAAAAGAGAGUGAUAAUGUAGAA